GAGAGACUCAGACUCAAAGACUAUGACUGAGACUAUGAGUGAGUGAUAGUAGUGUGUGAGAGAGCAUAAUAAUAAGUGGUCUGGACCUCUCUCCCAAAAAGUCCAAUACCCAAAAGGAAAAAAAAUCAUCGAGUCCUAUUUUUAAUCUUUCCCCCAAAUUCUUAUCCCCGAAAACCAAACCAAACUCAGUCCCAACCACUACCUUUCAUUUCGGUCCAGUUAGCUUCUCGGGUUCUUUCCAAGCCCAAUCUCUCUCUCUCUCUCUUUCUCACUCUGUGCAAAAACCCUAGAUCUCUCGCGGACCUUUGAAGCUCGGAGCUCCGAGCUCUCACGCUCUCUCGUCUCCGAUCCUUGAUUUCCUCCUCUCUCUCUCUCUCUCUCUCUCUCUUCCGCAGGAAUUCACUUUUGCAAUGGCAACCCCUGACGAAGAGAAGAUUGCAACGCCAGAUGAGCAUAAGAUGGAAACUUCAGAUGAGCGCACAAAAUCAACCCCAGAUGAGCACAAGAUGGAAACUUCAGAUGAGCAGACAAAAGCAACCCCAGAUGAGCAGACAAUGACAACCCCAGAUGAGCAUACCUUGACAACUGAGCAAACACUGGCAACCCAAAAUGAUCACACAAUCUCAAAUGAGCACACAAUGGAAAUGUCAAAUGAACACACAGUGACAAUCUCAAAUGAGCACACAAUGGCAAACCCAGAUGAGCAUGCAAUGAUAAUCUCAAAUGAUCACACAAUGGCAGCCCCAGAUGAGCACGCAAUGGUAAUCUCAAACGAUCACACAAUGGCGAACCCAGAUGAGCACGCGUUGGUCAUCUCAAAUGAUCACACAAUGGCGACCCCAGAUGAGCAAGCUUUGGUAAUCUCAAAUGAGCACACAAUGGAAACCGAUUUUGAGCAUACAAUGGCAACCCCAGAUGAAAACAAGAUGAUAACAACCACCCCAGAAGUGAACAAUGAGCUUCCAAAUUCAGAAACACAGCCUAACAAGCGGAGGAAAAAGAAGUCCAUAGUGUGGGAGCACUUCACCAUAGAAAAUGUUAGUGCUGGAUGCAGGCGGGCAUGCUGUAAGCAAUGCAAACAAAGUUUUGCAUAUAGUACAGGUUCUAAAGUUGCUGGUACCAGCCACCUGAAACGCCACAUUGCCAAGGGGACCUGCCCAGCGCUUCUACGUAACCAGGGGCAGAAUCAACAAAGCCCAUAUACCCCACGAUCGAGGGUGGGGGGAAGUGGCAGUGCUACUGAUCCACCAAAACGACGUUACAGAAGCCCUAGCUCGCCCUACAUCACAUUUGAUCAGGAUCGUUGCCGCAAUGAGAUUGCUAGGAUGAUCAUCAUGCACGACUACCCACUUCACAUGGUUGAACAUCCUGGAUUUCUAGCUUUUGUUCAGAAUCUUCAGCCCCGAUUCAACAUGGUGAGUUUCAAUACUGUCCAAGGGGAUUGUGUUGCAACUUACUUAAUGGAAAAGCAAAGCCUUGUGAAGUUUAUUGAGGGCAUGCCUGGACGUGUUUGCCUUACACUGGAUACGUGGACUUCAAGCCAAACAGUAGGUUAUGUGUUCAUAACUGGACACUUCAUUGAUAGUGAUUGGAAGUCACACAGGCGGAUUCUCAAUGUCAUAAUGGAACCAUAUCCUGAUUCAGACAAUGCCCUUAGUCAUGCAGUUGCUGCUUGCCUUUCUGAUUGGAGUUUGGAGAGCAAGUUAUUUUCUCUCACUUUUAGUCAGUCACUGAGUGAAGCUGCUCUUGAGACUCUUAGGCCUCUUCUCGCAAUUAAGAACCCACUUAUCCUCAAUGGUCAAUUAUUGGUUGGUAAUUGCAUUGCCCGUACCUUCAGCAGCGUGGCAAAAGAUGUGUUAGGAUCCGGGGAAGAAAUAAUCAAGAAAAUCCGGGACAGUGUAAAGUAUGUGAAGACAUCAGAAUCCCAUGAGGAAAAGUUUUUUGAGCUCAAAAGACAGCUUCAAGUCCCCAGUGAAAGGAGCCUAUGUCUUGACGAUCAAUCUCAAUGGAAUACAACAUAUCAAAUGCUGGUGGCUGCUUCUGAGUUAAAGGAAGUGUUUUCUUGUUUGGAUACUUCUGACCCUGAUUACAAGGAAGCCCCAUCUAUGGAAGAUUGGAAGCAGGUUGAGACCCUCUGUACAUACUUGAAACUUCUCUUUGAAGCAGCAAGCAUCCUUACGUACACAACUAAUCCAACAGCAAUUACAUUCUUUCAUGAAGUGUGGAAGAUUCAGACAGAACUGGUUCGUGCAGUUAUGAGCGAGGAUCCCUUUGUCAGCAACGCUGCUAGAAUAAUGCUAGAAAAAACUGAAAAAUACUGGAAGGAUUGCAGCCUGGUUUUGGCAAUUGCCGUAGUUAUGGAUCCCCGUUUCAAGAUGAAGCUUGUUGAGUUCAGUUUCACUAAAAUCUAUGGUGAAGAUGCCCCCACAUAUAUCAAGAUUGUUGAUGAUGGAAUUCAUGAACUCUUUCAUGAAUAUGUGACACUUCCUUUGCCUCUGACCCCAACUUAUGCAGACGAAGGAAAUGCUGGAAGCAACAUUAAGCAAGAAGAAUCCCAGGGUGGAACUCUCCUGUCUGACAAUGGACUCACAGAUUUUGAUGUAUACAUCAUGGAGACUACUAGCCAACAGAUGAAAUCGGAGUUGGAUCAGUAUUUGGAAGAGUCUUUGUUGCCUCGUGUGCAGGAUUUUGAUGUAUUAGGUUGGUGGAAGCUAAACAAGAUGAAGUACCCAACUCUUUCAAAGAUGGCUCGUGAUAUUUUGUCCAUUCCAGUAUCUACUACUGGUCCUGACUCUGUAUUUGAUAUGACAAGCAAGGAGAUGGAUCGAUAUCGAAGUUCUCUACGACCUGAGACGGUGGAAGCCCUUAUAUGUGCUAAGGAUUGGAUGCAGUAUGGAUCUUCAGAAGCUUCAAACGCUCUUGUGAGAAUGGAAUAUUAGAUUCUAGGUUUUUCACUUCUGUCACAUUGUGUCUUGUAUGAUGGUAGGUUGUUGCCAUAUUGUCUAGUUUCAAAUUCGCCAUUAGGUCUAGCAAUUUGUACCAUUCUAAGAAUAGUUUGGGUGCUUGGACAUAUAAUUAAUUUAGCUUCUAGUUUUAGCUUCAGUUCCAUUAAGUAUCAGAGUUUGCUGGGUGAUAGCUCCUAGUCCAAGAAACGCUGAUGUACAAUAUGUUGAAUAUGCAUUCCCAAUAGCAUCCAUUUUGAUUAAGCACUGCAUAAUUUUGGAUUUCAUUUA